AUGUGGGUCCGGAGCGGAGCGCGGGGCGCGCUACUGCUGACACUCCUGCUCUGCUGGGACCUGAGGCUGAGCCAAGCAGGCACUGAUUCUGGCAGCGAGGUGCUCCCAGACUCCUUCCCGUCGGCGCCGGCAGAGCCGCUGCCCCACUUCCUGCGGGAGCCGCAGGACGCCUACAUCGUGAAGAACAAGCCGGUGGAGCUGCGCUGCCGUGCCCUCCCCGCCACGCAGAUCUACUUCAAGUGCAAUGGCGAGUGGGUCAGCCAGAACGACCACGUCACGCAGGAGAGCCUGGACGAGGCCACCGGCCUGCAGGUGCGAGAGGUGCAGAUUGAGGUGUCGCGGCAGCAGGUGGAGGAGCUGUUUGGGCUGGAGGAUUACUGGUGCCAGUGCGUGGCCUGGAGCUCUGCGGGCACCACCAAGAGUCGCCGGGCCUACGUCCGCAUUGCAUACCUGCGCAAGAACUUCGAUCAGGAGCCUCUGGGCAAGGAAGUGCCCCUGGACCACGAAGUUCUCCUGCAAUGCCGCCCACCAGAGGGGGUGCCUGUGGCCCAGGUGGAAUGGCUCAAGAACGAGGAUGUCAUCGACCCCACCCAGGACACCAACUUCCUGCUCACCAUCGACCACAACCUCAUCAUCCGCCAGGCUCGCCUGUCAGAUACGGCCAACUACACCUGCGUGGCCAAGAACAUCGUGGCCAAGCGCCGCAGCACUACCGCCACCAUCAUUGUCUACGUGAACGGCGGCUGGUCCAGCUGGGCCGAGUGGUCACCCUGCUCCAACCGCUGUGGCCGCGGCUGGCAGAAGCGCACACGGACCUGCACCAACCCCGCCCCACUCAAUGGAGGCGCCUUCUGUGAGGGCCAGGCCUUCCAGAAGACUGCCUGCACCACCGUGUGCCCAGUCGAUGGCGCGUGGACAGAGUGGAGCAAGUGGUCGGCCUGUAGCACCGAGUGUGCGCACUGGCGCAGCCGCGAGUGCAUGGCGCCCCCUCCCCAGAACGGAGGCCGGGACUGCAGCGGGACCCUGCUUGACUCCAAGAAUUGCACCGAUGGGCUGUGCGUACAGAAUAAGAAAACUCUAAGUGACCCCAAAAGCCACCUUCUGGAGUCCUCGGGGGAUGUGGCGCUGUACGCAGGCCUUGUGGUGUCCAUCUUCGUGGUGGUGACCGUCCUCGUGGUGGUAGGGGUGGUCGUGUACCGCCGCAACUGCCGGGACUUCGACACCGACAUCACCGACUCGUCCGCCGCCCUCACUGGCGGCUUCCACCCAGUCAACUUUAAGACUGCGAGGCCCAACAACCCGCAGCUCCUGCACCCACCUGUGCCUCCGGACCUCACUGCCAGUGCCGGCAUCUACCGCGGACCCAUGUACGCCCUGCAGGACUCGGCCGACAAGAUCCCAAUGACCAACUCACCCCUGCUGGACUCCCUGCCCAACCUCAAGAUCAAGGUCUACAACUCUAGCACCACCAGCUCUGGGCCAGGCCUGGCAGACGGCACGUACCCUGGUGAUUUUGCCCGGGAUGCCCACUUCCUGCACCUGCGCAGUGCCAGCCUCGGCUCCCAGCAGCUCCUGGGCAUGCCCCGUGACCCGGGGAGCAGUGUCAGCGGCACCUUUGGCUGCCUGGGCGGGAGGCUCAGCAUCCCUGACACAGGGGUCAGCCUGCUGGUGCCCAAUGGAGCCAUUCCCCAGGGCAAGUUCUACGAGAUGUACCUCCUCAUCAACAAGGCAGAAAACACCCUCCCGCUUUCGGAAGGGACCCAGACAGUAUUGAGCCCUUCGGUGACCUGCGGGCCCACGGGCCUCCUGCUGUGCCGCCCCGUCAUCCUCACGGUGCCACACUGCGCUGAAGUCAGUGCCGGUGACUGGAUCUUCCAGCUCAAGACCCAGGCCCACCAGGGCCACUGGGAGGAGGUGGUCACCCUGGAUGAGGAAACCCUUAACACCCCCUGCUACUGCCAGCUGGAGGCCAGGUCCUGCCACAUCCUGUUGGACCAGCUGGGCACCUACGUCUUCACGGGUGAGUCCUACUCCCGCUUGGCAGUCAAGCGGCUCCAGCUGGCCAUCUUCGCCCCCGCCCUCUGCACCUCUCUGGAGUACAGCCUCAGGGUCUACUGCCUGGAGGACACGCCCGUAGCACUGAAGGAGGUGCUGGAGCUGGAGCGGACCCUGGGUGGCUACCUAGUGGAGGAGCCAAAACCCCUGCUGUUUAAGGACAGUUACCAUAACCUGCGCCUCUCCCUCCACGACCUGCCCCACGCCCACUGGAGGAGCAAGCUGCUGGCCAAGUACCAGGAGAUCCCCUUCUAUCACAUUUGGAGUGGCAGCCAGAAGGCCCUGCACUGCACCUUCACCCUGGAGAGGCAUAGCCUGGCCUCCACGGAGCUCACCUGCAAGAUCUGCGUGCGGCAGGUGGAGGGGGAGGGCCAGAUAUUCCAGCUGCACACCACGCUGGCAGAGACGCCUGCUGGCUCCCUGGACGCCCUCUGCUCCGCCCUCAGCAGCGCAGUCACCACCCAGCUGGGACCCUACGCCUUCAAGAUCCCCGUUUCCAUCCGCCAGAAGAUAUGCAACAGCCUGGACGCCCCCAACUCGCGCGGCAAUGACUGGCGGUUGUUGGCGCAGAAGCUCUCCAUGGACCGGUACCUGAACUACUUUGCCACAAAAGCGAGCCCCACGGGUGUGAUCCUCGACCUCUGGGAAGCUCUGCAGCAGGACGACGGGGACCUCAACAGCCUGGCGAGUGCCUUGGAGGAGAUGGGCAAGAGCGAGAUGCUGGUGGCCAUGGCCACCGACGGGGACUGCUGA